UAAUGUUUAUUUUAACAAUAAUAAUGUAUUUAGAUUAUAAAAAUUUAUAUAUAAAAUGUCUAACGCAAACUAUUUAAGACUUUGGCGAAGAAGUCAUGUAACCCAGUUGGAAGUUCUUAAUAGUUGUCACGACUCUUCCGAAGAGAUUAUUUUAUUGGGUUCACCAUCCAAAGAAGAAGAAAUUUUUGAAGGAAGACCUGAUUUAAAUACCGAGGUUUUAACUUUAUCUUCUAUUUCUAGCAAUGUAAAUAAUAUUAAUAUCACUGAAGAUGAUGGUAUACACAAUAAAGAUAACUUGGCCUCUGAACUCUCAGCCUGGGCAUGUGAACAUCAACUUACCAGAGCAGCAACAAAUCAUAUCUUGCUAAUAUUAAGAAAUCAUGGUCACAAAGAUUUGCCUACAGAUUCAAGAACUUUAUUAAGUACACCAAAAAGAGUUACUUUGCAACAAAAAUGUGGUGGUGAUUAUUUUUACAUAGGUUUAAAAAAUUCAAUAAAAAGCAAGUUAGACAAGUUUUCUUCUCAUGAAAUUAAUUCCUUAAAGACAAUUAAUCUUUUGAUUAACAUCGAUGGUAUACCAUUGUUUAAAUCAUCAAGCACACAACUUUGGCCUAUUCUUGCAUCAUUUAAAUUUGUCAGUCCAUUUGUUGUAGCCCUUUACUGUGGUAGCUCCAAACCUGACAAUUGUGAGGAAUUUUUAAAAGAGUUUUUAGAUGAGUAUUGUAAUUUGGAGGUUUUUGGGUUUAACUAUUAUGACAAAAAAUUUAAUGUAAAUAUUAAAGGGUUUGUUUGUGAUGCUCCAGCACGUCAGUUUCUAAAGGGAAUUAAAGGUCAUACUGGUUAUGAUGCAUGCGAAAGAUGUAAAGUUCAUGGAGUACAUAUUGAAAACCGAAUAGUUUUUCAUGACCUUGAUUGUGAACCAAGGAUAGACCACGAUUUUAAGCAGAUGGCUUAUAAAGGGCAUCAGUUACUAGUAAGUCCUUUAACAUACUCCAGUGUUCAAUGUAUCAAAGAUUUUUCUUUGGACUAUAUGCAUUUAGUUUGCUUAGGAGUUGUUAAAAGAUUGCUUCUAUAUUUAAAAGAAGGCCCUCGUUGUUGCCGCAUAUCAACUAAUCAGUUAAAUGUAGUCUCUGAUUGCAUUGUAUCUUAUUAUGGAAAAAUGCCUACAGAAUUUGCAAGACAACCUCGUGCACUAACUGAUCUACAUAGGUGGAAGGCCACUGAGUUUCGACAAUUUUUGACAUACACUGGAGUUAUAGCCCUUAAAGGAACUGUUAGUUCACCAAUUUACAUGAGUUUUUUAUCUUUAUCUGUUGCAAUACGAAUUAUGCUUGAAGAGGAUCAAGAUUACAGAAAUGAGCAUUUAGAAUAUGCUCAUAAAUUAUUGGUUUAUUUUGUUGCAAGUAGUAAAGAUUUGUACAGCGAUUCGUUUUGUUCAUAUAAUGUACACAGUCUUAUUCACUUGCAUGAUGAUGUUUUAAACUUUGGAUGUAGUUUAGAUAAAGUUUCUUGCUUUCCUUUUGAAAAUUAUUUAAAUUCUUUGAAAAGGUUUAUUCGCCAAGCAAAUAAUCCUAUAUCUCAGGUUGUGAAACGUAUUCAUGAAUUUGAAGUAAAUAAUGCUAUAAAAUUUUCAAAGGAUAUCAAGACGAAAGUUUCUACAAAUAAAAAAGACAACUGUUUUCUUCUCCAAUCUGGAGAAAUUAUUUUUGUAAUGGAUAUAUUAGACAUAAAUACUUUUGUUUGUAAAAUGUUCCAUAAGAGUUUGUUAAGAAAUUACUUUCCUGAUCCAUUUGAUUCAAAAAUUGUUGGAAUUUAUUUUUUAUGUAGUUCAAACAUUGGAAAAAGAAAAAUUAUAAAUAAGAAAGAAAUUAAAAGAAAAGUUGCAUGUCUACCAGUCAAUGAUGGUGUUGUUCUCUGUACUUUACUUAACAAUGUGAUGUGAUUUUAAAAAUUUUUUAAUGACUAAUGGAGAACUUUUACAAUAAAAAAUUUCUAAGCAAAAUGUCAUAUUCUUUGGUUUCUCUUGUGGAAAAAAACAAAAUAGUUGUAGAUGCUGUUGUACC